GUCAUUAGCGUAGGCUUGCUGUUUUAACGUACUGUUCAGUACGGCAGUAUGUGAUUUUUGUGCGUAGCUUAAGACGUGAAUUACAUGUACGUUCACAGGGUUUUUUUCUUAGAUAAUGGGGGAAAUAUAAAACUUCAGAAUGUUAUUUGUAGGCACUAUCAGCAUAUUAUUAAUCAGAAACAUAUAAAAUAGGUGUAAUUUUGAAGACAUUUGUUUUUCCUUUGUUUUGUCCACUUAAUUUCAUGUUUUGUUUUGGCUAGCUAGCUAGAUAGACAGAUACUGUAGGAGGAUAGAGAGAGAGACAGAGAGAGAGAGAGAGAUUCAGGCGUAAAUUGAAUGGGUUUAAUGAAUUGAAUCGGAAACGUCAAUGGUUUAAAGAUGGAUGUUGUGUAUGUGUGUGAGUGGGAGAAGAGAACCAAAAGCAACCACUGUCCUUCCAUCCCGCUGGUGUGCGCGUGGUCAUGCAGGAACCUCAUCUCCUUCACCACCGACCUGAAAAAUGAAGAUGAAGACAAAGAUCUCAGUCAUAUGAUCCAUAUCAUUGAUACCGAGCAUCCCUGGGAUGUCUACUCCAUCAACUCUGGUCAUACAGAAGUUAUCUCGUGCCUUGAAUGGGACCAGUCAGGAUCCAGACUGCUAUCUGCAGAUGGGGAUGGACAGAUCAAGUGCUGGGCAAUGACAGAGCACCUGGUGAACAGCUGGGAAUGUACACAAAGCAGUGCGGUCGAAGGAGAUCCUAUUGUCGCUCUGUCAUGGCUGCACAAUGGAGUGAAGCUUGCUUUGCAUGUAGAGAAGUCCGGCUCCACCAACUUCGGCGAGAAGUUCUCACGGGUGAAGUUCUCUCCAUCGCUUACUCUUUUUGGUGGGAAACCUAUGGAGGGCUGGCUGGCUGUGACGGUGAGCGGCUUAGUGAGCGUGUCUCUGUUGAAGCCGAAUGGCGCGCUACUUUCAGCCAGCGAGAGUCUGAGCCGCCUGCGUGGCCGUGUGGCCCUGGCUGACAUUGCCUUCACAGGCGGCGGCAACAUCGUGGUAGCCACGACGGACGGCAGCAGCUCCUCACCUGUGCAGUUCUACAAGGUGUGCGUGAGUGUGGUGAGCGAGAAGUGCCGUAUCGACACCGAGCUGCUGCCCUCGCUCUUCAUGCGCUGCACCACCGACCCGGUACGCCGCAACAAGUACCCUGCUGUCACACACCUCAAAUUCCUCACAAGGGAGAACUCUGAGCAGGUAUUGCUAUGUGCAUCCAGUCAGAUGGGUAGCAUCGUAGAGUGCUGGUCCUUACGGAAAGAGGGGCUCCCAGUCAAUAAUAUAUUUCAGCACCGCUCACCCGUUGUGGGAGAAAAACAGCCGAUGAUUCUGAAGUGGCGAAUCCUUUCAGCCACAAAUGACCUGGACCGUGUUUCUGCGGUGGCGCUGCCUAAACUGCCUAUCUCAAUUUCCAACACUGACCUUAAAGUUGCUUCAGACACAAAGUUUUGCCCAGGCCUUGGCCUGGCUUUGGCCUUCCAUGAUGGCACUAUUCAGAUACUACACCGUCUGUCCCUCCAAACCAUGGGUGUGUUUCCUGGGACUACUGGCACUUCUCAGCGUGUGGGGGACGAGCCGACGAUUAAACGCCAGAGAACUGGAGGUCCGUCCGUGCACUUCAAAGCCCUGCAGUUCUCCUGGACUUCUCUGGCUCUGGUUGGUGUGGAUAACCAUGGAAAGCUGCACAUGAUCCGCGUGUCCCCCUCCAUGGGUCAGAUGUUGGACAUGAACAUUCUGCUGCGCCAUUUACUGUUCCUGCUGGAGUACUGCAUGGUGACAGGCUACGACUGGUGGGAUGUGCUGCUGCAUGUGCAACAUAGCAUGGUGCAUAACCUGGUAGAGAAACUCCAUGAAGAGUACAUGAGACAGAAUCAGGCAUUACAGCAGGUGCUGUCUACCCGAAUCGUAGCUGUAAAGGCCUCUCUGUGCAAGUUGUCUUUAGCCACAGCAGCCCGGGCAUGUGACUUCUAUGCCAAGCUGCUCCUUAUUGCCAUCAGCUCCACGCUUAAAUCUCUGCUAAGGCCCCAUGUUCUCAACACACCAGACAAGAGCCCAGGAGACCGGCUGGCAGAGAUCUGCACCAAGAAUAUAGACACUGAUAUUGACAAGGUGAUGAUCAACCUGAAGACGGAGGAAUUUGUUCUGGAUGGGCCUCCACUCCAGUCCCUGCAACAGCUCAUUCAGUGGGUGGGAGACUUUGUGCUGUAUCUGCUGGCCAAUCUGCCUAACCAGGGCUCUACAGUGCGACCAGGCUUUGGUUUCCUGCGUGACGGACCUUCCCUGGGCAUGCUGAGGGAGAUGAUGGUGAUGAUCCGCAUCUGGGGCCUGCUGAAGCCCGGCUGCCUGCCCAUCUACACAGCCACCUCAGACAACCAGGACAGCAUGUCUCUGCUCUUCCGCCUCCUCACCAAGCUCUGGCUCUGCUCACGAGAUGAAAGUCACCCUCAGGAGCCAGAUGAGACCCUGCUGGACGAGUGCUGUUUGCUGCCCAGUCAGCUGCUUGUGCCCAGCAUGGACUGGCUUCCCAUCAACGAUGGCGUCAUUACGAAGAUCCAGAGCAAGCACCAUUUACGGCUGCAGUUUGGCAAGCCCUAUACACUGCCCGGACUCAACCCCAACUCACAGAUGGAGCUUUUCUCCAGGAGUCCAGCAUCUCAGAGGAUGGACAAUCUCCGCUGCUUACACAUGGGCAUCUGUCCCACAGAGGACAGCAAGGCCUGCACCAGGUGUGGCUGUGUUACAAUGCUGCGCUCCCCGAACAAGACCAAUGCUAUGAAGCAGUGGGAGCAGCGAUGGAUAAAGAACUGUCUGUGUGGAGGCCUCUGGAGGAAGAUCCCUAACUCUGUGGCAUGAGACCUUCCAGGCUUCCAAGUUCCUCUGACAGGUUUUCCAAAAAUCUGACAAUGGAGGUUGUUUAUAUGGUUCCUGGCCUGGUCCUAAAUGCCCAGACUCACCAUCUUUAGAGAGUCCUGUUUUUGUCAUUCUGUUUCUGUUAAUGUUAUUAGUAUGUUAAGUUGGUCAGCAUUACCAUAGUGGUCCACAUGAAAAAGGAUAAAAAAGAAACCUGUGUUACAGAAUUCAGUAAAGGAUUAUUUUUUAUACACAAGUGAAACACUUUUCUUCUACAUACAAAGUACUUUAAAGUAUUUAAAGUAUAAAUCAGGCAUUUCAGUAAAAGGUUUGUCCAUUAUUGCAAAAGUUGUAUUUUGAUGAAUUAUGUUUUGACUAUUUGUAAAUAUUAAGAAGCUUACUUUUCCAUGUCAAGUUUUAUAUUACUUUCUCACAAUAAACUCCAAGGCAGAUGUGCUGACAA